AUGGAGCUUCAACAGUUCUCCUCGGAAGCCCAAUUCUCGGCCUCUCCCACACUCGAACAUCUCUUGAAGCGAGACGAAAUCACAGGAAAAAGUGAUGAUUAUCAGGUCCUAGACAUUCCCAAUACCAGCAGCUCCAUUCCCACAUUAGCAACAUUUCUUCUUUCUUUCGACAACUUAACUUAUAAUGUCAAAGUUGGGCCCAAAUCAACGUUCGCAUGUUGUGGAAACAACACGAUUGUUUCACCAAACAAAAAAACCAAGAGCUUGCUCAAUGACAUCACAGGUGAAGCAAGGGAAGGGGAAAUCAUGGCUAUUCUGGGUGCAAGUGGUUCUGGUAAAUCGACCCUGAUAGAUGCUCUUGCAAACAGGAUUGAUAGGCAUAGCCUGAGAGGGUCUGUCACUUUGAACGGUGAAGCCCUAGAAUCAGGCCUGCUGAAGGUGAUCUCCGCCUAUGUUAUGCAAGAUGAUCUCUUGUUCCCGAUGCUGACAGUGGAAGAGACACUCAUGUUUUCGGCCGAGUUCAGGCUUCCUCGUUCACUUUCAAAGUCAAAUAAGAAGGUGAGGGUUCAAGCUUUGAUUGAUCAACUGGGCUUGAGAAAUGCAGCAAAGACAGUAAUUGGAGAUGAAGGGCAUAGAGGUGUGUCUGGAGGCGAGCGUAGGCGAGUUUCCAUUGGAAUUGAUAUAAUUCAUGAUCCAAUACUCUUGUUCCUCGAUGAACCUACUUCGGGGCUAGACUCAACUAGUGCAUACAUGGUUGUUAAGGUCCUGCAGCGAAUAGCACAGAGUGGAAGCAUUGUUAUCAUGUCCAUUCACCAACCAAGUUCCAGGAUUUUAGGCUUACUCGAUAGCUUGAUUUUCCUAUCGCAUGGACAAACUUUGUACAGCGGUUCACCAGCAAAUCUCCCACGUUUCUUUAAUGAAUUUGGGCAUCCAUUUCCUGAGAACGGAAAUCCAUCCGAGUUUGCUCUUGAUUUUAUCCGUGAACUUGAAGAAACUCCCUUCGGAACCCAGAAAUUAGUUGAAUUCAACAACUCAUGGCAGGCGGCAAUGAAUUCCAAUAGCAAUGCCUCCAAUAAGCCGAGUCUUGCACUUAAAGAUGCGAUAAAGAGAAGCAUUUCUCGAGGAAAGCUAGUCACUGGUGCCGUUGCCACAAUUGAUGUAAAUCUAACAUCUUUAGUUCCAUCAUUUGCCAAUCCAUUUUGGGUUGAAGUGCUGGUAUUACUCAAAAGGCUAGUAACAAACUCCAGAAGAAUACCGGAGGUGUUUGGUGUCCGCUUAGGUGCAAUAAUUAUAACCGGGAUUAUUCUAGCCACCAUGUUUUGGCAAAUUGACAAUUCCCCAAGAGGCGUACAAGAGCGAUUAGGAUGCAUAGCAAUUUCCAUAAGCGCGAUUGUCUAUACCUGCACAACCGAAGCCCCUGAAUUCAUCAAAGAAAGAUACAUUUUCAUGAGAGAGACUGCUUACAAUGCUUAUCGCCGUUCCUCAUACGUUCUUGCUCGUUCUUUUUUCUCCAUCCCAUCCUUGAUCAUCCUCUCCCUCGUUUUUUCUACCAUAACCUUUUGGGCUAUUGGCUUUUCCGGUGGCGUCUCUGGGUUCUUCUUCUAUUUUCUCACAACCUUGGCAACGUUUUGGGCUGGAAGUUCAUUCGUGGCCUUUCUUGCAGGGCUUUUCCCUGAUUUCUUCAUUGCCUUUGUUAUCGCUAUUGCCACCACAUCCUACUUCCUUUUCUUCUGCGGAUUCCUCGUUUCUCGAGAUCGACUCCCAAAAUAUUGGAUAUGGUUUCAUUACAUCUCUCUAGUGAAAUAUCCUUACCAAGCUCUUCUACAAAAUGAAUUCCUGCAGGACCCAUCAAAAUGCUUUGCUCGGGGUGCUCAAAUCUUUGAACAAACAACUCUUGGUGCACUGCCAACAUCAUUGAAGAAUGAUCUGUUAACUAGCAUGGGAAAUGUUUUGGGCAUGAACGUUACAGGCUCGACCUGCAUACUAAUGGGGAAGGAUAUAGCAAAGCUGCAGGCGCUUACAGAUUUAAACAAAUGGAACUGCGUGUGGAUUACGUUUGCAUGGGGCUGCUUUUAUAGGAUUCUUUUCUACUUAACUUUGUUGUUUGGGAGUAAGAACAAGAGGAAGUAA